CUCCUCUUGUGGAUUUAAAGAGACCUGAGUUGAAGAUGGCCCACACAGUGAACUUCUUCCUCAGGCCUGAGCCUGGGGUGCUGCUCGGCAUCUGGCACACAGUCCCCAGCUGCCGGGGAGAAGAUGCCAAGGGGAAGUGUCGCUGCUGGUAUGAAGCUGCCCUUCACGAUGGGAACCCGAUUAUUGUUUACCUUCAUGGCAGUGCACAACACAGGGCAGCUCCACACAGAAUUAAGCUGGCAGAGGUGCUGAGUGACGGAGGCUUUCAUGUUUUGUCAGUGGACUACAGAGGGUUUGGGGAUUCUACGGGGACGCCCACUGAGGAGGGGCUAACCACAGAUGCUAUUUGUGUCUAUGAAUGGACCAAGGCCAGAAGUGGUAGGACCCCUGUGUGUCUAUGGGGCCACUCUCUGGGAACAGGAGUCGCAACAAAUGCUGCAAGGGCAUUAGAGGCGAAAGGGUGUCCAGUAGAUGCCAUUGUCUUAGAAGCUCCCUUUACCAACAUGUGGGUGGCAAGUAUCAACUAUCCUCUGCUAAAGAUUUACAAGAAGCUACCAGGAUGUUUAAGAACGCUUAUGGAUGCCCUUAAAGAAGACAAAAUAGUCUACCCCAAUGAUCAAAAUGUGAAGUUCCUGUCCUCUCCGCUCCUCAUCUUGCAUGGAGAAGACGACAGGACAGUGCCUCUGGAGUGUGGAGAACAGCUGUAUGAAAUUGCACGCAAUGCCUACAGGAACAAAGACAGGGUCAAAAUGGUUGUCUUCCCCCCAGGCUUCCAUCACAACCUUCUUUGUAAAAGCCCCUUGCUCCUGAGAAGCGUGAGAGACUUCCUGAGCCAGCAGUGGGCAUGAGGGCCUGGAGGAGCGGACAUCGCCAGGGAAGAUGGGGUACAAGUCACCGGAGCUGUGUGGUUUCUUUGAGCUACUUGAGUGAGCCAAAGCCCCUGAUGUUUCCACAGGCCACCUGCCAUCAAUAAAGAAAGCUGCACAGAA